CUGCCCUAGUUUAAUUUAAUACAAUAAUAAAUAAAUAAUGUUGGGAAUCUGAAAGAGUUAAACUUUUUCCAUUGUGUAAUGAUGAAUCAUGCAGUUUUACACGACAAAGAAAGAAAAUAAAAUAAAAAGGCAGUCUCUUCACUUUCUUCAUCUUACUUCUCUUUUCUUGGAGUAAGAAUCUCUUCUUGGCAAGAAGAAAACCAAAAAUGAGGAAAAUGCCUACUAGAUCAUCGGUUCGAAUCACGUCGGCAGCAUCUCAAAGCCGGGUAACACCGGAGCCAGAACCUGCGGUGGAAAAAUUCUACAAGAUUAUUCGUCUUUCAACUAUCAAGGCAAAAAUGAUGAAAGUUCCGGAGAGAUUUGUAAGAUUAGGUCCUAAGCUCAGUGACAGUGUAAGUGUUGAGACUCCUGUUGGUUUCAAGCGUUCGAUUAGGAUCAAACGAAUCGGUGAUGAGGUUUGGUUUGAGAAUGGUUGGAGUGCGUUUGCUGAGGCUCAUUCUUUAAAGGAAGGUCAUUUUUUGCUUUUUCAUUACAAAGGGAACUCUAGUUUUCGUGUUGUGAUCUUUGAUGGGACUACUUCUGAGAUUGAGUAUCCAUUGGAAUAUGUCAUUGUGAGUGACGAUGAUACAGAAGAAGUGGUGGAAGUUAUGGAUAAUGAUGAUGAACAAGGGCUUGCUGGAUUUGAGAGUAGUGACAGUGAAGGAGUGAUUAGUUUGAGUGAAUUUUUGAAGAAGAAGAAGAAACCAAGUGUCAGCAUCAAGUCCGAGAAAUUUGCUUCAUUUUGGUAUAAAACUUCUUUUGAGGAAGAUUUUGUAGGUUUUGUUUGCCUUGUGUCUUCUAUAUGAUUUGUUAUUGGUCUUCUUUCUUGUAGAUGGUGUUGAAGAUAUUGAUUGAAGAAGAUAAGAGAGUCUUGAGGAGGUGUAGGAGAAGGUUCAAAGAUCUCUGAGGUUUCUAGCUCUUGAUAGUUGUCGCUUUGGAAGCUAGAUUGUAGUAAAAACUUGGGUCUUUUAAGACCCUUUGUGUAAGAGUAUUAUGUGUAAUGUUCAUUUUAAUGGUUUCGUCUCACAGUUUGA